AUGUCGCAUAUUAAACUAUAUAAUUUUAUAUUAAUAUUUUUAUGCGUUACGUUGAACAAUUUUUCAGUUUUAUCAGAAUUAUCAGAAUUAUUAAAAUUGGAGAAUGCUGUCAACAUUGCAUUACGUCAUAAUAUAUUGAAAGACGAUCAUUUGUCAUACAGUAUUAAACUUAACGAUGUGGAUUUAUUUCUGUAUGGAUAUUUUCUUCCAUCUGCAGCUGCAGAAACAAAAACAGAUAUGUACAUGAGUGUAUUUUAUAUUUCUACGAACUGUUCAUUUGCUGAAUGGCUUCUGAAUAGACUAUUUAAUUUCAUCGAAAUAUUUCCAAUAUAUUAUCAAUCGAAAUUUCAAUACACUUAUAACAAUGAGUUUAAUAAUGAUUUUGUAAGACCGAAUCUAAUUGAUAAAUUAAUUGAAAUUGACUCUUUUGUUCAACGCUUCAUAAAUAUUUUACUGCACAAUUUUUUACGUCUCACUGAUUCCAGAGAUAAUGAUACGUCGUUAUUAAAAACAAUGUUAUUACUUCAAUUUAAAAUUCACUUUUUGACGCUACCUGUAGAUACCAGUCAACCGCCAUCAGAUGAUGUAGUUGUUCGUUCAAUUCUUGAAAUAAUGAACUUAAUUCAAAUGUUUAUGGCCACGAAUUGUGAUGUUCACACAUAUAAUGAAAAAUAUUUUACGGAUGAUGAAUAUUUUAUUAACCAUCACAUUCAUUCGAUUUCUGGAUAA